UGUGCAAGUGCCACCUCUAAGACAGAGCCGACAAGAAAAAACAAAACAAAAAGCGGCGUCUGCCACAAAAUAAGCAAAUUUAAGCAACUAAUUUAGUUAAUUAAACUUAGUUAAAGUAAAAGAGAAGAUCAACAAGAUGGCCAGCAGUUCAAGGACCACAAUUCUGCCGCAAUCCAAGGAAGCUCUUCUUAAAUCCUACAAUGCCCGCCUGAAAGACGAUGUGCGCAGCAUGUUAGAGAACUUUGAGGAAAUCCUUAAGCUGGCCCGUCGCGAAAGUCACAGUCAAAUCUCAAAGACAACGCAAUGCGAACAGGAUGCCCUGGAAAUGCAAGUGCGAGCGGCCAACAUGGUUCGCGCUGGCGAAUCCCUGAUGAAGCUAGUGGCCGAUCUCAAGCAGUAUCUAAUCCUCAACGAUUUCCACUCUGUCAACGAGGCCAUCACAAAUAAUUCACAACUAUUUCGGGCCACACAAAUCGAAUGCGACAAGAAGCUUAUGAAAUUAAGGGACGAAAUGGCCAUGGAUCUGUACGAUCUGGAGGAGGAGUACUACACUAGCAUAUUCAAAUAACCUAAAUGAAUAUAAAUCAAAGAGGAAAACGUU